CAAAAACGAAACAAGUGCAGACGACAGCGCGCGCGAUGCGCGAACUUUCCGAUCUCCCGAUUGGUCGACGCGUCGUGACGUCAUAGUUUUAUGCGGAGGAGAUGGAGGCAGAGGAUGAGAGCGUUGCUCGAACUUCCUCCCGCCUCUUCUCUCGGGAGCAGGAGGGAUCAACAACCACCUGUGCGAGUUGGAAAGAACGGCGAUUGUUGAGUUCGUCGCGGCGGAGAGACUGGCUCGCACGGCAGCGCGGAGUCUCGCAACGGCAGUGUGCUUGCUCCGACCAGCCCAUCCCACCAGCGGGAGAGUUCGCGGCCCCCCACACCACCACUCGCCGUGUUUCGUUUCUUUCCUUUUUUGUAUUGCAUUUCCCAAAGUGAGCGAAAACGUUGUUCGCACGCAUUGUGUGUCGUUCGUCCGUCGGUGGCGUCGCCCCGCCGCUCAACGUCCGGCGUUUUGUUUUGCCAAGUGCGGCGUGCUGUUGGGUUCGCCUGCGCCGGAUUGCUUCGUCUGCUGUUGUCGUCCGGAGCCCAUGUUUGAAAUCUUGUGUCGUGCUCGCUCGGCGGCCCAUGUGCGGAGGGCCCUCUUCUUCGUCCGAGGUUUGUGGUGAAGUAACCGGUGGUUUUCGCGGCGCGGAGUCAUGGAUCGCGACAAGUUCCACCGCGCCGCUCGCGACGGAUACCUGGAUCUUCUCCGGGAAGCCACUCGCAAGGACUGCAACACGCCCGACGAAGACGGCAUGACGCCCACCAUUUGGUCGGCGUACUACGGCCACCUCGACGCUCUUCGCUUGCUCGUAGGACGAGGUGGUGAUCCCGACCGUUGCGACCACUACGGCAGCACGGCCCUGCACUGCGCGGCGGCCAACGGCCACAUCAACUGCGUCUCCUUCCUGGUCUCCUUCGGCGUGAAUCUGUGGGCACUGGACAACGACUUCCACACGGCCACCGAUGUCGCCUCCAUCAACCAGAGGGAAGAGGUGCUGCGGUUCCUGGACCAGGCGGUGUCCAAGCAGAGCGCCCUCAACAAGAAGUUGGUGCAGCGGCUCAAAGAGAAGGCCCUACGAGACGCCGACAAGAGGCGCAAGGGCUACCAGAAGCUCACCCGAAAGGCGGCCAAGAAGGCCGAGCGGGACGACAAGAUGCUCGAGAAGCAGCGCAAGCGCAUGGCGCAGGUGGAGCUGCUGGUCGAGGCCAACAACGGCGUGCACAGCGCUCUGAUCCCGCUGCACGUGGGCGACGGCCGGGGCACCCUGCAACCCACGCGGGCGCCCAAGUUCUCGGACAUGGUCAGCACGGGAACCUCGACCACGGUGUCGAGUCGCAAGGGACUCGGCGCCGUCUCCAAGAAGGUGCACCUGCGCAAGCAGAACACCGACCCCGGGGACUUCAACAAGGUGCGGACCCUCGACAGCGACGGCAAGAAGUCGGUCCGCUCGCUGACGGGCCUGCAGCGCGACGCCGAGGUCGUCUUCGUGCCCAAGGGCUCCGCCGAGGAGCUCACCCCUUCCUCGCGGCCCGGCCUGCCCGACUUCCUGGACUCCGGCUCGCCCGCGGGCGACCUCUCGCGGGCCAUCAGCGAGCCCGACCUGGGCACGCACCCGGACUCCGGCCUGGGCGAGGACGAGCCCAUGACGGGCUCGAGCAUGUUCGAGCGGCCGGGCUUCGGCAGCGUGGCGUUCCGCAACUCCAUCUCGGGCACCCUGCUGUCCCUGCCGUCGUGUCGCAUGGACGACGAGGAAGCCGGCAGCAUCGCCUUGCCGUGCGGCAGCGUCGUCGACUCCAUCGGCUCGGCGGGCAGCCUGGCCCAGCGGCAGAGCGUCCUGCCCUGGGAGGACGUCGAGGACGUCUACUACGAGGAGGACGAAGAAGACGAAGAGGAGGACGGCGGCGCGACCCCGGCGAUCGUGGUGUUCCUCUCCGCCCACGGACUGGCCGAGUACGUGGACCUGUUCUCGAGAGAGAAGGUGGACCUGGACGCGCUGACGCUGCUCGGCGAGGAAGACCUCAAGGCCAUGGGCGUGCCCCUGGGACCGCGGAAAAAGCUGCUCAGGGCGGUGGAGCAGAGACGGGUGGCCUUCGAAGACCCCGGAGAAGUGGCCGAUUCCAGGCUGUAGUCUGGAGGACAGAUGUGUUGAGAGACACACGUCUUUGGCAUACGAGUGUUUUCGUUUCUUGUGAGCGUGCUUGUGGGCGUGUUUGUGGGCGUCGUGUGAUGCCAGUCCGAGAGCGACUACGCCGAUCGAUGAUCUGUAGCAAACGAACAGAGUGAAUUCUUUUCUCCCUCUAUCUCUCUCUCUCGUAAUCGAGUGCAUCGGAAAUGAACUUGUUCUCCACUUCUUCGCAACGUUUCGAUGUUUGCCGGAAGUGUUUCCUUGGCAUGAACUGCUCCAUUUGCGGAACCUAGUUCGGCAUCGCCGCGUCUCGGUGGUGCCAGGCGUUUCAGGAAUCAGCGUUGUAGAGAACGAGAGAGAGACUUUAUGUAAUGAAAGCUGAAAAUAUCAGCCCUGAUGUGCAUGUACAUGGCAAGGUGCGCGAGCCUUGCUAGACAUUUUCUUGUUUUUUGAGUGAGAGAUGCGACACGAGGGCGAAAUCUGAUUUCGCUCAAGGAUUAAGUGUUAUCACUGAAAACUCUUUUAUCUCAGUCAGCUUCGGUUUGUUGUGUUAGUUAUGCCACGCGUUCUAAAGAAAGGCGUGGGGCCAAUGUGUUUCCUCUUGCAUGGAUUCAAUAACGCUUGUAAUUCCAGACGUUUGAGGUGUAUCCUCCUCGAAAGACGGUUAUUAAGUUCAGGGAAAUUUUUUUUUCUUCUACUUGAGGAAAGAUCUUAGUCAAGGCGAUUCCAGAAUGCCGCCUGGAGCCGCAAAGCAUGCGCGCGCGCGUAGCUUUUGUAGAUUCAAGAAAAAAAAAUAGAUGUAAAUGCAUAUAAGGUGCGUCCUAAUUUGCUGCAGGGAUAAUGUGCUUCCCUGCAAACCUUGUGUGGUACAGCGGCACACCUAAUCGAGAGUAUUGGUUGCAAGCAUGUUGAACUCGAAGGCCUUUCAGCAUACUUAUUUUUCCGAAAAGUGCUGUUUUAGAAGGGGUCCGCGUAGCUUCCACCAUUCACAGACGUUGCACCAACUAUCGACGGAGAGAUUAUACCCCUGUCACACGGGCACCCGCGAACUCCGUUGAGCAUGAAACUCCCUUACGGAGAUUGACGGCAAUGGAGUUGCGGCCGUGCUACACGGCACAGCGCGAGCUUUCGACGGGCGCCGCACGGGGUACAAACGGCGCUGCUGCGCUUACUUCCGCGUGCAACUGUUCACAUAUACGGUCGCCGUUAAAGUAAUCUAUGUGCAUUUCUUUAACGCAGUAUGUAAUAAUAUGAAAUCACAGCGAGAAACUUUGCGGUACGUUACCGCAAGACUUUUGUUUUCCAAGCAUAGCGAAGUUGCAAGCGAUGCUGGCCACACUGCGCUCUUGCUUUCGUGCGUGGGCAGAGCGGGUCACGUUGUUGGGCCGGUGCGCUUCGAGUUGUGAUUCCGCUGUGUAAUCGCGCGUGUCUGUGUGUUCGCGGUGCGCCGGGAUCGCUCAUGGUGCGUGUCACCUGGAGGAUUUUACCCGUACCGCUUGAACGAUACGGGCGGCUCCCGUGGAUAUAAAAAAAAAAAAAAAAAUGGCGGAACGACGUUUCCCGAUGCAGCGUGGCGAAGCAUUGGUGUAGAGAGUACAGGUGCUGAUGCCCUUAAAAACAAAUUAAAACUUCCAUUAUGUGGCAUAUAUCCCAAGGCAAAAAAAAAAAUAAUGCUAAGAUUUGUAAAUGAACCAGUUACGACGAUUUUACUAGCGUGGUUUUCUGCAGAACUGUAGCUGCCUGGGAACGAGAGUACUCCAUCCAACCGUAAUGGUCAUUGCCGAACUCCCUUCGCCCAAAAUCUCCAUUUAACUUCCUUGGCGCAAGGGAGACCGUGUGACAGGGAGCGCAACUCCAUUGGCGUAAAGACGAAGGAGUUCAAUGGAGUUCGCGGGUGCCCGUGUGACAGGGGUAUUACUCUGCCCCCACCCCAUUUUAGGAAAAUAAUCACCUGUCCUUCACGCGAUUGCGGUCACCGAAGAAAGCACGCAUAAGAGCUGUCUUAAUGUGAGCCCUGACCUAUUUGUCCGACUUGUUCAAGUCACGUCACAUGACGGCGUGCUUAAACAUAAUCGAAGGGACACUAAAGACGAUUGUCGAACUGUAGCAGAUGGCUUGUCAUCCCGCUCAAGCUUUUCCGUGACUUCAUAGAUUCUGGCGGCGUUCUUCCGAGGUUACUUUAAAGAAAAUGACACAGUGCAGCGAACCGCCCAGAACGUGUUGUGGGAUGUUUGUGGAAACGAACUGACAUUGAUGCACAGUGAUAGAUAGAAUCGAGCAUGCAUGCUGUCGAGGAGUGUAGUAAUUCAAACUUUUAAUCUGGCACGGAAAAGUCGGCGUAAACUGUGCACGUGGCGUGAACUGGCGGUGAAACUUGGUACUUCGAUAUGGAUGCAAUCGGAUUAUUGCACGUAAGUCGGCUCUUAUUUAGUGCGCCGCACUUAUUGUUUGAAAUCGCAGUCUUUAAUUGUCUCACGUUCGCGAUUUAUUCUACGCUUAUUACUGGCCAAGGAAGGUUGACGCUAAAGAAGCGGCGCUGCCUUGGAGGGAACGAGUGGAGUCCCCCAUUGCAUGGAAGUACACGUGAGUGUUCUUGUACGCGCUUGACUUGGGAGUGAGUAGCCAAGAAUUCUGCAGUCGCCCUCCUGUGAGAUACGAAAUUCCAUCCACCAAUUGGGCCGCAAAGGGUUGCCAGCACUCCAUGACUAGCACUGUAUACUGGCACGUCCUACCGCUUCCCACCCAAUGCCGGCGUACAAUCGCUAUCGCACUCGCCUAUCGCUGUAUUCCAGCACGUUUUCUGGCGUGUGAAUUCGUGAGCAUGAUUGCGACUGCAGAUUAAAAUCUGUUUAAAAAAGUCUUGCGGUGUUUUCCGCGUUACCACGGCAGGAAUGGACACUCUUACCGGUAAGCUUUUCUUGCAUCGCAAGAUACGGCACCACAAAAGUUGGUUGUCGGUCUCUUUAAAGAGGGCCAACUGCUAAGAAACGAAACUUAAUUGGUUAUGCAUGAGUAGCACUUUGUACUUUCGAAGCAAUCUUGGAAAAUCUGCAGGUCUAGCAGUGGCCAUCAGUGACCACAGUGCCAUCAUUCUUGUAGUAAACGGAAUCAAUCUACAAUUUAAUAGCCUUUCAACAGCACCUUGACAGACAACACCAGCGCCUGGUAGUUACCGGCUCAGAUUCCAGAGCAUGGCCUCCGAGGUUUUCAGUGCGCCGCUCGAUCUCUGAGGUCGUGCCCAGGUGCCGCACUUGUUCCCAAGCUUCCGGGUUUUGCUUCAUUUCCGUCGUGUGGUAAUGCUUUAUUUUCUAGUUUUAUCAGAGACGUCUAUUUCGUGAGCCUUUCAUGACGAAUCUACUCGUAUUUCAGUUGUAGAGUUCUCCACUGAAGGCUCUUUUGUAUUUUUAGCAUCUGAAGCGAUUGUCUUACGCGGUUCAAAGUUUUGUAGCAGUUGGCCUUUAAUUUGGUCUGUGGAAACGGUGAUUGUUCAGCAACUGCUCCGGCUAAUGUCGCACACUUCAAUGUUGGGUGCUCAUUUCAGAAGUCUGAGCAGCCCUGAGACAUCAAUACAUUUUGAAUCGCGGAGAGCCAAGAACCCCCCAAGAAGCCUUACGGCUCUCAGGAUGAACUCUCCUGACGAAUUUGCUAGGCUGAUACCUUCGUACUCCGAGGUAUCGAAUGUGUUUUCUUUUUCUUUCUUUUCACAGAGCACCACAUUGAGUGGCAUGCGCUAAAGAAGUGUGGAAAUAGCUAUAUGUGACCGCUUGAAACGCCAAAUAAAUGGAUGAACCAAA